GUGACAUCACCACCCAAGGAGAGUCCAGCGUCCCCAGAACAGCACGGGGUCUCCUGGGACGUCUUCCUUGGAUGAGGCCUGUCCUCGUGGGCUGAGGGCUCCCUGCCAGAGUGAGGGGCCUGGGAGCAAGGGCGGUGUGGAACUCUGGGAGUCCGUGGUGUAACGGCUGGGGGGACCAUCCCUGGGCCUUGGCUUCAUAGGGGUGCAGGAGAGGUGACGGCUGGGGGACCAUGCAACGGGGCAGGCCAUGCUGGAUAGAGGCGGCCACAUCCUGCUCCCGGAAUUGAAAAGGAAAGGAUGAAUUCCAAAAAAAGGAUGCUGCUCCUUAUUUCGUUUAUUUUGACGCUGCUGAUGGCUCAGCAUUACUUCAGGAGCGGCCAAGAGAGAGAACUGCAGCUGUCGGAGUGGUUUAAACCGAGGAGACGCCCGGAUAUCCUCACGGUCACCAGCUGGCUGGCCCCAGUGCUGUGGGAAGGCACCUUCAGCAGGCAGGCCCUGCAGAGGCACUACAGGGGGCGGAAUCUCACCGUGGGGUUGGUGGUCUUUGCCCCCACCAGGUCUGCUGAUGGGCACCUGGAGCGGUUCCUGCGCUCCGCCAUCACGCACUUCAUGCCCGGCCAGCGGGUGGUCUUCUACCUCAUCCUGGACAGCUUCGUGGACCCACCCGACAUGCAGCCCAGCCCCCUGCAGAGCUUCCAGAUCCUCAUGGUGGGCGAGCGGUGGUGGUGGCCCGACCUGGACCUCAUGGGCCUGCAGGUCCUGCGGGAGCACCUGCUGGGCCACAUCACCGACGAGGUGGACUUCCUCUUCAGCACGGCCAGCAACCUGGUCUUCCAGGGUGACUUCGGCCUGGAGACUCUGGGCACAUCGGUGGCCCAGCUGCAUGCCUGGUGGUACUUCCAGAACAACCAGAGCUUCCCCUAUGAGCGGAGGCCCAGCUCGGCGGCCUACAUUCCCUUCGGACAGGGCGACUUCUACUACGGGAGCGCCAUUGUGGGCGGCCUGCCCAGGCAGGUGCUGGCCCUCGUGCAGGAGUGUCUGCAGGGCAUGCGUCAGGACCUGGAGAGCAGGCUCAACAGCACCUAUGAGAAGCACCUCAACAAGUACUUCUUCCUCCACAGGCCCAGCAAGCUGCUGUCCCCCGAGUAUGGCUGGGACGCCAAGUUCAACCUGCCUCCCCAGGUGCUGUAUGUCAAGGUGGCUCAGGACCCCAGGGUCGUCUGAGGGCGGCACCCACGGGUGGAGCAGUUUGGAGCAGGCCUCUCCUCAGAGACUGAAGACAGCCCCUUCCCACGGGGACUUCCUUCCCUGCGGUGCCGGCCCAUCCGAUUUGACUUUUAGAGGAUAAGAAGAACAGCGGGCCGUUAUUUAAUAUCCGCACACAGCAAACCCACCGGCUCUGCGUUGUGGAAACAUAGAAACACUUUGGACACAGAGCCAUUUUUUCUAAAGGAGAAAGACUCUAGUUGAUAAAAAAAAUAAAAAUCUCUUCCCAGCAAUGGAAAUGUGAACUGUAAAGGAAAAAUAAAUAUCCACCGGCUGGGGCACCCGGUACGCUGAGUGGCUCCAGCGCAGGGUGGGCUUGGGCCAGGCCCAGCGCCAUGGU